GGGGAAAAAAUGGUGGCAAAUUGACAUUAUAAACCGUAACUAUGUGGAAGUGAGGGUGGCAUUGUGAAGGACAACCUCGUCAUACCACCUAAGCAUAGCCAGACCACACGAGCAAAUCUAUUAAUAACUGGACCCUCAGCUGAAAAUCACUUGACCCUGUAAAAAUCUAGCUGAAAAAAUGGCUUGCUACUCCUUGCUUCCCAUUCUGUUUCUAGCUUUAUGCCACAGCUCAACCCAUGGUGCAGCUCUUGCAUCAGACCAUAAACCCACCCAAGUCACAAUAGCUCCAGUUCCACUGCCAAAUGUGGCUAAAGAGUUCCUACAGUCUCACAACCAAGCAAGAGCAGCGGUUGGUGUUGGCCCUCUCAAGUGGAGCCAGAUGCUAGCCAAUGCCACAAGCAGACUAGUCAGGUACCAAAGGAACAAAAUGGGUUGCCAGUUUGCAAACUUGAGCAGCAGCAAGUAUGGUGCAAAUCAGUUAUGGGCUAGUGGCAUGGCUGUGACUCCACUCAUGGCUGUUGAUCACUGGGCACAAGAGAAGAAUUACUAUAACCACACUAACAAUUCCUGUGCAUCAAGCCAUAGGUGUGGAGUUUACACACAGGUGGUGUGGAGGAAAUCUUUGGAGUUGGGGUGUGCACAAGCUACAUGCGUGAAGGACCAAGCUAGCUUAACUAUUUGUUUUUAUAAUCCUCCCGGGAAUAUUAUAGGGGAAAGCCCAUAUUAGACAAGUUAUAGCUAGUUAAAUCUCUGGUUAACUGUGUUUGUGCAUCGUUGGAAUUUGUUUAAGAGUUGUUUUUACCUUUUUUGAAGAUUUCAGUGCUUAUGUUUAGGAGUAGGGGACAUGCAGAUUGUUGCUUCUUUUUUCUCUCUUUUAAUUGCCAGAGAUUAAAUUUGCACGGAUGUAAGUUCAUAAGCACAAUUGUCUCAAUUUUAAUGCAGACUCAAGAACCAUGCUACAA